ACUUUGCUAUAAAAUAGACGUUCGCGUCUCGAAGUUUCUUUUUAAUUGAAGUGACGCGUCGUAGACGAUAGUGUUAAAUAAAAAUGGAACAAAUAAUAAAAUUUAAUUUGGAAGAUAUAGACGAGAAUAAACCUAUGUUUACCACGAGUGAUACAAAAGCGACGACAACGGAGAAUUUUGGACCGGCGGAUACUGCGAAUAUGAUGAAAAUUGAAGACAGUCCAUUUUCAGCAUUAGCUCCACCGUUUCAGAGUCGGGUCGGUAAUGAUUUGAUUAACUUGAUUGGUCAGCCAGAACCGAACGUGGGUGAUACAGCACCUCAGACAUCGGAAAUCGAUGACUUGCUGUUAAAUCAUCGAAAUUCUACAACAACCGGACGUACAGAUAGUUUGUAUGACGACUUGGAGCAAGGACAACAUAAUUUUUUCAUGGGUAAUGGAGGAAAUAGACCGGAUUCAGGAUCGUCGGCGAAUUCAAAUAUAUUUUCGGAAGGAUCUGGAACCCCCGGCAGAAACGGCGAAAUAGUUGACGUUUUUGAUUUUCUUAUAAAAAGUUUGUCAUCAGCGAACUACUACGUGUCGAUGCUGACCCGGGAGCAGCUGGCGGUGCUCCGCUCCGUCCGUCCGGGCCUGCUCUACGAAUUCUUGCUAGAAAUCGCUAAAGUUAGAAGCGACAAGUUUCUACGACGCGCACUACCUAACGAGUGUGCCUUCUGCAAGAACAAUGGCGAGAACGAAGAGUACUAUUCCUCGCACGUGCUGAAGGACUGGCGCGGGCGCGUGCUGUGCCCGGUGCUGCGCGCGUUCCGCUGCCCGCGCUGUGGCGCUACCGGCGAUCGCGCGCACACCAUCAAAUACUGCCCAGAAAGCUCUGAUGGCGGUAUUGAGAGGUCAGGCCUCCUGUCCCGUCGCCGCAUGCAGUCGGCCUCCCCGCUGACGUUGGGCGGCGGCAACCGCAACAUGGGCGCACCUUCCACGCCCGUCACAUCGCCUUCGCCAGCCUCUGCCAACCUCAACAACAACUGGUGGACCAACUUUGGCAUGAAUUAACGUGCCAAUAUAAUAUUAUGUACCUACUAAUACGUAUAUAUGUAAUACGCAUACAUAUAUCUACGAUAUACUGACGUAUUAAGUAAAUUUAAUCGGUGUAAUUUUUUUCUUCCGAUUCGAAGCAAACUGUUCACUUUACUACUUUACGUAGAAAAGUAAACAAAGCAAACGGCCAUUCCUUACUAAUUCAAAUGUUAGUAUGCGGGUCAUACUUUCUUUGAAAAAGUCGCAAUUAGGCCGAAUCGGAAUUAAAGUUAAUUUAGUGGAUUUUUCAUUGGGCCCUUGAAAUUUAAAUAUUCCAUUUGUAUUCCCGUUUUAACAUUAUGCAAUUAACUGUCUAUGUUCGUAAAUUAAAUACAAUCAAAAUCAUUGCAAUCCAAAAUUUCAAUAAAUUUAUUGUCUAAUAAAAUAAUUAUAUUAAUUCGAAUCGAUAAGCCAUCAAAUUGUUUUAACCUUUCAAAUUAUAAUUGAUUAUGUACUGGAAUAAUUGUACCAAUGAAAAUUCGAAUUGUAGCUAUACUCCUGGUGUGGGUUUUACUUGGGUUUUAAUAAACGUGUGAAAGCAUUA